AUGUACAGAAAUCAUCAAUUACUUUGCUUAAACCGCAGUGGACAGAAAUCAUCUCCGGAGGAUGUUGCAAUCAGACAAUUUGACGAGGAAAACAUAAGUGCCAUCUAUGGAUGCCAUAACCAGACAAUGUUUUCGACAAUCCGUUUGCGUAGCCUCCUGCACCAUCCUAACAUAGCCGAUCUGAUUGGUGACAGCAUGAAUGAAAAAAAUGAAUUACAUGAUCUUCCGUGCAAUAAGAAGAAGCCUCUGGACUGGAAUACGAGGAUGAAAAUUGCAGCUGGUGCAGCUGAAGGACUACAGUACUUGCUCGAUAAAUCCAAUUUUCCUGUAAUCCAUGGAAAUGUCAAACCCUCCAACAUUCUCAUAGGCAAAGGCUACGAACCCAAGCUCUCACUCAACAAUCCGACAUCUAAUAGUUUCGGCUUAGUCUUGCUUGAACUGAUUUCAGGGCGCAAAGCAGAGAAGAAGCCUAGUCUCACUGAAUGGGCAAUUUGUAAAUUGGUGGUGUACGGUGAGGAAUUCACUACAGUAGCUGAUCCACUGCUGGAAGGCCGUUAUCCAGAGCAAGGCUUGUACCAAGCUCUUUCUCUUGCAGCUGAGUGUUUACAGCACAAAGAUGUCACCCGGCCUCGUAUAGGAUAUGUUGUGAAUGUUUUAUCAAAUUUAGCUUCAGAAGUGUACGAUCAGAAUGCAAUCCAAUUUAAUCGAGCAGGGAGUGGUGGAGUUGAUAUUGAUACCACAAAAGUGGUUAAGCAGAUGAGGAUGGUGUUGUCGAGUGAGCUUCAGGUUCUUAUGAAAAGUAAAGGGCCAUCAUUCAGUUUGGAUGAUGAUCUAGCAGUAACUAGCAGGAUGUGUUCUUAUGAAAAGGGAUAUCAUAAGAAACUAAGUGGAUGCGUAACUUCUAAUUACACAAGCUAUAUAGAUAAGAUAAUUGUUGCUUACCUUCUAGGUUCUUAUGAAAAGGAACUUGCUGCAGCUACAAAGAAUUUUGCAGCAGAACUCCUUUUGGAUGAAGAAGAAUACGGGCGUACAUUCAAAGGUUGCUUAAAUCUCAGUGGACAGAAAUCAUCUUCACAGGAUGUUGCAAUUAGACAAGUUGAUGAGGACAGGAUAUAUAGAAUCUACAGAGGCCAUGAACAGACAAUGUUUUCGAAAAUUCGUACGUGUAGCCUCUUGCACCAUCCUAACAUAGUAGAUCUGAUAGGUUACAGCAUCAAUGACAAAAACCAGAUGUUUUUGGUUUAUGAAUUCAUGCCAUUGGGAUCCUUGAAAAAUCAUUUACAUGAUCUUCCGCGGAAUGAGAAUCCCCUGGACUGGAAUACGAGGAUGAAAAUUGCAGCUGGUACAGCUAAAGGACUAAAGUACUUGCACGAUAGAUCCAAUCCUCCUGUAGUUCAUGGAAAUAUCAAACCCUCCAACAUUCUCAUAGGUGAAGGGUAUGAACCCAAGCUGUCAGAUUAUUAA